AUGGUGAUAGAUCCAGGUUCACAAAUUAAUUUAAUUACCACUGAUCUAGUGAAGAAGUUGCGCCUUCGUUCCCGGGUUAGUCCUCUUGUGGUGUCUGGAGUAGCCAGGGUAUUGCCUUGCGUAAGUGGAAGUUUGCCUUUGUUUGCCGUGUCCCAAGAAGUACGGAAUAAAUUUGCGUCAAUAGAACUAGCAGACCCUCAAUUUUAUACGCCAGGAAAAGUUGAUUUGCUUAUGGGUGCUGUGGUGUACGGUGAGAUUUUAAAUGACCCUGUUUUAUUUCUUAAGGGUCAACCGAAAGCCAUUCAUACCUCAUUAGGAUGGACCAGCCCUUACUUACAUGAGGAAUUAAAGCGAUUUAGGGAGACUGAGGAAGUCACAGUUUCGAAUCCGCCGAAUCCUGAAGAUGUAUUUUGCGAAGAUCACUUUAUAAUUACAUGCACUCGUGAUCUCCAAGAUUUUGAAAUGGAAGCUGUGAAAGGUGCUGGUAAUAUGGGCCGGGGGAAAGACAUUGCCAACAUUGUCGAGGUGGAAAAGAAAGCGUCCCAGACAGACGAGACUGCUAACGUCGAAGAAGAACCAAAACCUGAGGAUGAAGAACAAGGCGAAAAUUGGAGGCCACCAGUUGUUCCGAAAAACACACCAUCCUAUCUUUGA